AUGAAGUUUACAACACUACUAGUAUUCAUUACCUUUAUUGUAGUCCUCGUAUCAUCUCCUGCUCAGAUCGAAUCAAGAGUGGUUGUAAAAUCUACAAAACCACCUUGCAAUACGAUUGAUCUCACAGGAUGCUGGCCAGAAAUAUUUUAUAAAACUAAGCCAUCUGCACAGUGUUGCGGAACACUGAAAGCACAACAACCAUGUUAUUGUGAUUUCAUCAAGAAUCCAGCUUUAAGAAAGUUCGCUACUUCCCCGGAAGCUCACGUGGCCUUACGGUUUUGUGGUAUUCCUUUCCCUACUUGUUGA